AAAUCAUUUUACUCUGAACCUUCUUACUAGCCAGUCGCACACACUUUCACGAUAACAACAAUAUCAACGAAAAAAAAGAAUUCUCGUGUGCCUCUCUUCCUUCAUAAAUUUUCACAAAUUUUUCUUACUUCUCGUAAAGUUCUUUCGGUUUUCCGCCCAAAAGAACAAAGUGUUUUUGUUUGUCAAUUUCGAUCGUUUCCAAGAGAUUCAACCAAGAGUGUUUAGUGAUUUUUGCGUUUUUCGCCCGGCAAAUUCUCAAUGUGACGAAUUUUUCGGGUUUUUUUUUACCUUGUGAAAAUGGUCACAGAAAUAUCGCGAUCAAUUUUAAAAUUUGAUGCAGAAUAGCUAACGGUUUUGAAAAAAGGAAAAAAAUAAACGAUUUCGAACGAGAGAGAUAGAGAGCGAAAAAUAUAUUUGCAACCAACUAUUUUCAAAAAUUGUGAUUGAGAAAAAGACAAGAAAAUAACUGUCAUUUACUGGGGAAAUGAAUAAAUUGGUCAAGUGACUCAAGAACAAUAUUAUCAAGUGAUCAACAACUUUUUUUUUUCUCUUUAAAUUUGUACUUAUGGAAAUUCGUCAAUUUUAAACGACCAAAAAAAAGAAACAAUUUUUCUUUGUUUGAUAAUACGAAGGAAAGAAGAAUCCAUAAAUCAUGUCAAAUUUAAGUGUAAAUGUGAAUUGUUUGAAGUGCGUGAUUUUAUUAGUGUUAUUAUUGUCAUUGCCAUUGAACGGAAGCGGGGGUAACUUGGAUUCAGGCCAAAAUGGACCAACCGAUUCAUCACAGCAAACGUUUCGACAUGACUCGUAUGGAAACGACCAAGUGAUCAAUCGGGUUCUAAAUAUAAAUGAUUCGAAUACGGCUGAAGUGCUGAACAAUUUCAAUGUAAGCAAAGAUGAAAUUUUGCGACGAAUCGCAAUGCAAGCGGCCGCUGUCAACAAUGCCAAUUUACAAACGGCAACUGUCGUUGAACGAGCUAGCACGAAUCCCGACACGAAUCCCGAUCAAACCAGCGAACCCACAGGAACCGAAAUAGGGAAACAAGAAUUUCUAAAUAUGUUUCGAGAACGUCUCGAAUCCAUGGUAUCACGGGACCCAUCACGCAUCAAUGCACCAGACUUGGGCACAACGGCCAUUCAUGACAUGGCCUUUUAUCCACUUUGUAGCAAAAAUAACCAGACAUCAUGGCUUGAAGAAAAUACGGCAAAAUUGUACUUUUCCUCGAGCAUUUUCGAUAAAUUGAUCCCAAACACAUACCUACAUCGAGCUGUUUUACGGCUUCGUCAAAAGAUCCCCGACAAUGCUGCUGUGACCGAUGCAAAUGUGAGCAGUGAGCCUGAUCUGCAAAAUGGUUGUUCUGACGUAGACGAUAUCAUUCAUGUCAAAGUAUCGAUAUUCGUAAAGCAUACGCAUCGUGGAGGUAAUAAUAGAGUUGUUAAUAGUGCAAAUUACGGUAGUAAUCGACGAGAUCCGAAGCCCGUAUUGAAAAAGUUGGUGUGCCACAGUUUGACGUUGAACCGGGUGAAUAGUGAAUGGGUGGAGAUCGAUGUGCGUCAAGUGAUCAAAUACUGGGAGAAAAUGUAUCGUGCCAGUUUGAUUCAUAACAAAGGUGCGACAGUGGCCGAUCCAAUGGUUGCCAUUGAUGUGGAAGAUGAAUAUCAGCAACCGCUCAAGGCUGGAUUGUUCUUCGAACCAACCGAUUGUCAGGCAUCUCCGGCAGUUCCCUGGGUCGUCUUCGGAGAAAACAUUUGGACUGUAUCUGGAACCCAGAUAUUGCCCUUCAAUCCGCGAUUAGACAUCCGAUGGAGUCGUAUCCAUGCGCAAUCGCAUUCUCACAACCAUCGAGGCCAUCGUGCGCGUAUGAAUCGUUUGGAAAACGUUCGGCUGUUGAAUGAAUCGCCGCUAAUGCCGGCCGACUAUCAAUACCAAGCAUCAGCCGAUCAAAGUGAUUUAAAUUUAGUGUCCACAAGUAGUCGUAACGAAAAUAGUCGUAACCAUCGAAAACGGCAUGCUCAGCAGAAGAAACACAAUCGCGGUGGCAGCGGUGGCAGCGGUGGCUACUUCAAUGAACCGCAUCGAAUGAGACGAAGUCUUCAACACAACAAGCGUAACCAAGCUAAGCGAAAAUUUAUCACACGGGUAGCUUAAAACCUGCGUGUGUCCCAUUUUACGAUUGUUUCCUACCUCUUUCCCCCCGAAACCACACCACAUUCUCUCUACGUGUCUUCCUAAUCUACAAUCCACCUUCAGAAUCCCGUUUUGGUUAACUUGUCAGCGUGUCUCUCAGUCGAUUCCACACAUUUCGUCAUUGCCGAGCGAAAUUCGUUUUAAACAUUUUAGUUGUAAGCAUUUUUCAUGAAUUACUCUAUGAUGUAAUUAAAUUAAAACAUUAACAGAAACAGAAACGAACAAUAAACCCCCGAACAAAAUAACAAUUUCUAUUUGGAUAGUUGUAAGUGUAGUUUUCUUAGUAUUGUAUCGGGUAUGUUUUUCUUUUGGCUGACGAAUGUGAUUCGAUGGCAAAUCGUUUCAUUUCCCUUUUUUUUUUACUUUUAUUACAAUUUUGAUACUGUUGAACGUGUCAUCGAAACACUUUCGUGCUCAAAAUAAACGGUCUUCCUAUAUUCUAACCUUUCGUAGUAUUAUCGAGUAGUGUAUACUUGCUUAUUGAGCCAUAUGGCUUCAAAUCACAUACAGUUUUCUUCAAAUCAUACAUACAUAUCAUUUUUUGCUGAAAAGUCCAUCAUUUAUACCGGGUUUGUGUGCAGUGCCUGAAACAUGCUAUAGGAAAUUUUCGAAUUUUUCUUAUUUUGAAGAAAGCUUGUUCUUUAAAACCUCAAAGAAACGAAAUUUUGCAGUUGAUGAAUAUCAUACAACAAAAAAUUUUGAGAUAAAAUGUUAUUUUUAGUCGAAUCGGUAGACAAUCAAUGUCAUCCCGACAAAAAGUUCAAAGAAUCUGCUUUUUUUACUUUUUUUGAUUAAAUUCUGUUAAAUCGAACGAAAUGAUCGUUUUCAUGACAUUUUUUAAAUUCGUUUUUACACAUUUUCUCUCAAAAUUCCUGUAAAAUAGUUGCAUUUUCGUUAAGCUAUUUAACUGAAUCAUUGAUAUCACAAAAUUGUUAAAUUGUUAUUAAAUUUUGGUCUCAAUAAUUGAAACAAAAACUCAAUCAGUUCAUAAGAGUACAUACAACAGUACAUUUCAUUCGACUGAAUUGAUUGUAUGUCGAAAAUGCUUCGUUAGAAACAUUUCAAAAACAGAACAAAUUUAGUCACUGCUCUUCAGUCUUCAAUAAGCGUAAUAUAUCAAACGGAUGAAACGCGACCGAAAUAAUUCAAUAUGUACAAACAUUUUCCCUUUCAUUUUCAUACUAAAUCAUAAGAAUUAUGUAUUUGAUAAGGAAAAUAUCAUUAAAAUAAAGGUUUAUAUUGUUUAAGUAAAUAAAUGUCGAUUAUUUUACGAAUUUCAAAUAAAA